AUGAUUUUCUGUUUCAGAUUAACAGCAAGUUUUGUUCGUGCAAAGCGAAAAGUCUGUUCGGAUAUACCUUGCUGCCCAUUCUUUGAGAAAUUGGAGGAGCAAAAAGAUAUAAACUAUCCAGAUGGCGUUUAUAAUUUACAAGAUUUACGUAAGUUAGGCAAGCAACGGGGUAUUUGCCCGUACUUCUUGUCACGCAAUGUCGUUGAUCGCGCUCAGAUUGUCGUCUAUUCUUACCACUAUAUUUUGGAUCCGAAAAUUGCCGAAUUGGUCUCGAAAAAUUUCAGCCGUCAUGCUUGUGUUGUUUUUGAUGAAGCGCAUAACAUUGAUAACGUUUGUAUUGAAUCGAUGAGUGUUUCAUUGACGAAAACAACUGUCGAGAAAGUAACCCAAAAGUUAAGCGUUCUUGAGGAGUAUGUACAGAGGUUAAAAAAUGAAAACAGUGAAAGAUUGAAGACCGAAUACGAUCGAAUGAUUGAGGAUCUGAAACGUGUUGAGGAGGAGCGCAUCACCGAUCGAGUUCUGGCAAAUCCUGUACUCCCCGAUAUGAUUCUGAAGGAAGCGGUACCAGGAUCGAUACGAACAGCUCAACAUUUCAUUGCUUUCCUUCGGCGAUUCAAUGAAUACCUCAAACAUCGAAUGCGAACAAAAACGGUUUUAUUUGAAAGUCCGGCCGCGUUCCUUCGAGAUAUCAGCGAUUUAAUGCACAUUGAACGGAGACCUCUUCGUUUUUGUGCUGAACGAUUUGCAUCGUUGGCGCGAACGCUCGAACUUGCCGAUAUCUCGGAUUUUAGUUCUCUGGUAUUGAUCACGAAUUUCGCAACUCUCGUAAGCACAUAUGCACGUGGUACCGCAUUUUAA